AUGCCCUUAAUUUCCAAAUUCCUUCACCUUUGUGAAUCUCGAGACGAUAUACUUUUUCAAUGUAAAGCUUUUAUAUCUCUUAAGGAAAACUCUUUAGACCUUUGCAUUUAUGGCUGGCAUUUAAUAUUCAGUAUUCAGUACUUUACAGAACAUGAGCACCUGAAGGAUAAUGAUAAAGUGAGUUUCGGUGUCUUCUUGAUGAGUAUUGCCUGCCUUUUGAAUUGCAUUUUACGUCUGCAUAAUCCGGUUCUCUUUGGGUCACCUGUUUUUCCUUAUUUGUUGAUCUCAAUCGAAGUCUUAGUUCUGUCCCUUUUUAUUGUAUAUUAA